UGGGAGACCAGAUAUAGGGAAUUCAGGGUCUGGUAAGACCGGAUAUAGUGAAUUCAGGGUCCGGUAAGACCAGAUAUAAUGAAUGCAGGGUCCGGGGGAUUGGAUAUAGGGAAUGCAGGGUCCAGGGAGACCGGAUAUAGUGAGCGCAGGGUCCUGGGAGACCAGAUAUAGUGAAUGCAGGGUCCAGGGAGACCGGAUAUAGUGAAUGCAGGGUCCGGGGAGACCAGAUAUAGUGAAUGCAGGGUCCGGGGAGACCAGAUAUAGUGAAUGCAGGGUCCGGGGAGACCAGAUAUAGUGAAUGCAGGGUCCGGGGAUCAAGGUUCAUAGUGUAUAGCACAGAGCCCAUGUGGAAAGUACUAUUGAAAGCCCAGAACCCUGGGAACAAAGGACACCCUGGCCAAUGGGAGCAAAGGAGGCUAGGCUUUUGGAGCAGGUCUAACAAUGAGAACACAGGCCAUAGGGAGGGC